CACCUGUGGGACUCCCUGUGAGGUAAACACGCUGAAGGCGCAGAAGCGCCAAGUGUCAGAGCAGGCGCACUGAACGCCUAGAAGAGCUCGGCGAAUGGUUGAUGGGAAGACUAGAGGGUUAUCCCUUUCCGCCCAACGGAAGUCCAGCCAGGGAGCUUUAAGCUGGCCCAGAAACGUCAAACAAACGUCAAAACGGGCCACGACAGUGUAGAGAGAAAAGUUUUCGCUGGCCAAGAAAAACACACUCGGAAAAGUGCUGGGUCGCGCGAGAAAAGUGCUGAAAAUUCAUGAAAAAUCGGUGAAUAUAGACAAGUAUAAAAUGCCCCGUGCUUGAGGGACUGCGAGAUAGAACCGCCUUUGAAGGGAUCUAGUGACACCGCGUUGGUAUGGCCGGAUGGCCAGGGCAGGUGGCCAAAGCCGAGCUAACGGGGUAUGUGGUGCGUGUGUGCCAGUGAAUGUGUGAGUGCAGCUGCAAAGUAGGCUAAGCAAAUCGCAUCGCCUGGUAUUUAUGUCGCGCUCCCACCGGACCGACCUCCAUCAUCAGCAGUUAGUAGAUCAUUGGAAAUACCAGAGGAUCCCGGGGAAUCAUGGCCUGGCCGCGACUCCUGGCCUGGUGGCGCCUCUGCUUGGGCCUGCUGACCAUCCUGGUCUGUUUGGCCCCGUGCGUCAACCUGCAGCCCGCAGAGAACAUCAACUACAAUCUCGUUCAUUCGUGGGCCGACAAACUGGGCAUGGAGCUGUUUCAUCUGGGCGAUUUCAUCACCAGGCGCAAGGAGGUGCAGGAGAGUUUCAAGGAUGCGAAGGUGGUCUCGCGCAACGGCGCCUCCAUAGUCGACUCGAUGGCCAAGGAAAUAGAAAUGAUGAUGGACCUCAAAGUCAGUGCAGUGAGGCGCAUUAUGGACACGGCUGAAAAUACGGCUCUGUCGCACCAGAACGAUAUGGCGGACAAGAUGUUCUCCUAUUACAGUGCCAAGGAAAUGCUAGAGCCUGGCGACCCUGUACCCCCCAUACCCACUCCGGCGCCCGACAUGGAUAAGGACAUAGGCGAACCGUUAAUCUACGUCCAGCCGAAGGUGGUGGUGCUGGAACCCCGUCCGGAGUUCCACAACACUCCGGUCAACUUCAGCGUUAGCUCGGUCCACGUGCCAGUCAAUGUGUUUGAUCGAGCACCGGAUGUGAUCAAAGCAAUUCAGUGGUCGGAGAAUUUGGACCAGAUAUUUCGCGACAAUUACAAAAACGAUCCGACAUUGUCGUGGCAAUUCUUUGGCAGUUCGACUGGCUUUAUGCGGCAAUUCCCUGCAUCGAAGUGGCGCAAGGACGUACCGGUCGAUCUGUACGAUUGCCGACUACGCUCCUGGUACAUGGAGGCGGCGACGAGUCCGAAGGAUAUUGUUAUCCUGAUGGAUGGAUCCGGUUCAAUGUUGGGACAGAGGCUAGAUAUCGCAAAGCAUGUUGUCAAUACCAUUCUCGAUACAUUAGGUACAAAUGACUUUGUGAACAUCUUCACCUUUGCUAAGGAAGUCACCCCAGUCGUCGCAUGUUUCGAAGACACACUGAUUCAAGCGAAUCUGGGCAACAUACGUGAACUGAAAGAAGGGAUUGAAUCGUUUAGUCCCAAGUCGAUCGCCAAUUAUACCGCUGCAUUGACAAAGGCGUUCGAGCUGUUGGAAGAGACCAAGUUGAGUUCGCGCGGGGCGCAGUGCAAUCAGGCAAUCAUGAUCAUAGGCGACGGGGCGCCUGAGAACAAUCGCGAGGUCUUCGAAUUGCACAAUUGGCGGGACCCGCCGUACAAGCCGGUCCGUGUGUUCACCUACCUUAUUGGCAAGGAGGUGGCCAAUUGGGAUGAUAUACGGUGGAUGGCGUGCGAGAAUCAGGGCUACUACGUCCACCUCAGCGACACCGCCGAGGUGCGCGAGAUGGUCUUGAACUACAUACCGGUUAUGGCCAGGCCGCUCGUCCUGGGCAGGCACGAUCAUCCGGUGAUUUGGUCGCAGGUCUAUGCGGAUAUCGAGGACACAAAGCUCUCCGACUAUCUGUGGGACAUCAGCCAGUGCGAGUACCAAAAGGCCGACGUCCUCGAAUACUGGCAGGUGCACGACCGGAUGCUGGAGCCUAGCGAAAUGCACCGCCGAAAGUACAGACGUAUGAAGGAGACCUGGAACCAGCCUGUGGACUCCAAUGUGUACCAGUUCAUGACCACCGUAUCGAUGCCCAUCUACGAUCGGCGAGAGAAUGCGCUCAUUAAUCUAACGACCGAUAUAAAUCCGGCUGCGAAAAUAAACCUUCAAUUUACUAGGAUUGCGAAUAUAUUGGGCGUGGCCGGUACAGAUGUGCCUAUAAACGAAAUCAAAAAGCUGCUGUCGCCAUUUACGCUUGGUGUGAAUGGCUAUGCGUUUAUAGUAACCAACAACGGUUAUGUACUAUUCCAUCCAGACUUUCGUCCAAUUUUCCAAGGCUACAUAUUAAAGCCAUCGUACAACAGCGUUGACAUGAUUGAAGUCGAACUGUUGGAUGACGAUCGGCCCGCCAGAGACUUUAAUCCAGUGCUCAUGACUAUAAGAGAUUCCAUAAUCAAUCAGUCGACAGGCAGCAAAUGGAUGUUGGUCAAAAACCAUUUUGAUGAAAUGAAACGAGUGGCUCGCAUAAAGCGACAAUACUACUGGACGGCCAUUAAGAAGACCCCCUUCACUCUGGUGAUUUCCUAUCCAGAACAAUAUGGCGUAAGCCGUAUGGACAUUCGAUCUGACCAGGAGAUCCAUCGGAUCUCCAUUAAGGGCACAAACCUACGCAACGUCUUCAGUGGCAAACGAUGGAAAAUACAUCCCGAUUGGCUAUUUUGCAAGCACAGCAACCGGACAUUCAAAACGCCAGAGAUCGAACUGCUGUACUUUCUCGAGCGUAUGUCUGAGCCUGGCUGGCGAUGGCCGGGAAGUCGUAGCGCCUUGCCCCCGGAACACGCGGCGGCCAUGUUUUCUAACAACUCAUCAACUGGCCGUUAUCCAUCAAUCAAUGAAAAAGAAAGCUACUAUUGCGAUCGACAGCUGAUGCAGGCUCUGGUCUUCGAUGCCCGAGUCACCGGCUGGUUCUCCAACAACACGAGCUUCAACUCCAAGGACGACAAAGGCACAAGCGCAUCAAGCCCAAUAGCCGUUUUAAUGGGUUUGUUGCCAAGAAACGAGUUCAAGCAGCGCUUUGGCGUCACCGUUGCCUUUUUGGCUACCCACAGUGGCCUUACCCGCUGGCAUGAGUUCCAUUCGAACGCUGCCGAAGAAUCUGGACUCGGCGAGUCUUUCAGCCAGAACAACACGCGGGCCAUCGAUGAGGUUUGGUACAAACGCGCCGUGGACCAACACUUCGUUCGCGAGGAGAGCUUUGUUUACUCCGUGCCCUUUGACGCGGGUGAGAGCAAUUCAGAGAUCCUGGUGACCGCCAGCCAUGCUAUUUUCCACAAUGAGGGCGGCAAAACAGCGCCGGCAGCGGUUGUCGGCUUCCAGUUUCAGCACUCGGCGCUGUACAAGCUCUUCCACAACAUCACCGGCAAUGCCUGCGCCGUGGAUGAUAAAGACUGCUAUAUUCUGGACAACAAUGGCUAUGUGGUCAUAUCGACGAGGGUCCACGAGACGGGGAGGUUCUUCGGGGAGGUAAACGGAGCGAUCAUGAAGCGUCUGCUGGAGGAGAACGUCUACAAACAGGUCACCGUCUACGACUACCAGGCGGUGUGCUUUGAGUCCAAGAACGAUAACAAUGCCUCCAGCAUGUUGCUUUCGCCCCUGUUCCAUCUGCUGCGAGUGGGCAAAUGGCUGCUGCAUACGGCGCUGUGGUAUAUUGUGCAACUGUUGCAGUGGGCGCCCGGAGUGUCCAGCCAUUAUGCGGAUAUGUACGGCGACUCCAACGACACUGAGCCUCCUCCGCCGGAGCCGCAUCCGGAGCACCAUGGCCGCAACGGCAAUGGGCACGGAAAGAAGGACGACGACUACUGGCUGCGGUACUUGACUCUCCAUCGCACACGGCUCAAGCCGUGCGACAUGAAGCGAGAACUUUACACGCUGUACAAGGAGAAGGACAACGUUGUCUACAAUAUGACAGCCCAUGCAUGUGAGCGGCCAUUUGUCGUCCUGCCCAUCCCGUUCAGCAACCUCAUCCUGCUGGUCAUUGACCAGCUGUGUCCACGUGACGGCACCGUCGUCCUCACGGUCAAUCCGCAGCCGAUCGACUACCACCUGCCGGUGAAUGACUCGCUGGCCUGCUACAAGCAGGCUCGGGAGUUCAACCGCAUGCGGCCCCACAGCUGCAUCAGUCGCCACGCGAAUGAGAGCGGCAUCAAGCUGUGCGGAAAGGCUUGCUCCGUCUACGCGAAUCUGGGGCUCCUGCUCCUCUGCCAUAUACUGAGUCGCUGGCUGUAACGGCAGCCCAUGGGCCUAGCUUAGAUAUAGACUAUAUGGUUUUGUAUUAUAUACGAAGGGCAAUCCGGGAGGUGGGAAAUUUUUUACUCUAACGCUUGACGCAGUUUAAUAUUUUUGGUCACCUAGAGAAACUUUUCCAAACUAGUUUUUAAGUAGCUAAUACCGUAUCCGACUCGCAUCCGUUUCGAUCCUGCGUUUGCUGUCGGACGGAGCGAGCGGACACAGUGAACGCGGACAGUGUGUGCCGCCUGUGACAGACGCGCGCAGGGCUUAUUGUAGACCUUCCAAUAGAGGGACAAACCAAUAUUUAUUGCAUAUAGAUAUAUUAUAUACAUACGUAUUACUGAAAAUUCCAACAACGGCCUUAACGACUUGCAACCUUCAAGUGAGCUGAAUGCGGAGCGCAGUCUUCCAGGCGACAAAACUUAUGGCACACACUGUACCAAAUGCCGACUACUGCCCAUGGUUAUGUGUGUGUGUGCGAGUGCUUGGGUGUGUGUGCAGGUGCGCGUGUAUGUGUAUGUGUUAAUCCUAAUCUAAGAAGGCCACAUGUAUAGCUACGAGUUUAUGUUUACAGAACGGAUCAAGAAACCUAUCGGUAGAGGCGAGUAAAGGAACCAUUUAAUUAUACAUACACACUCAAAAUACGACAUAUACCUACGAGUACGCCGGUGCAGUACAUGCUAACUAAUUUAAGUAGCUUUUGUAUAUUUGCUUAGCUUAGCCCAACAAACUAACCGAAAGUUCAGUCUCGGAGCCUUGGAACACUACAUACUUUUAUAGACAUGCGUUAAAGAAUGAUGUACGCCACUAAACAGAAACCGAAAAUGAAACCAAAACAAGAAGUGAAUUAAACCGAUCUUAAGGCAAUGUUUUUAUAUACGCUGAUGAUGACGAUACCUAGCAUUACCCACAAGUACCUACAUACAUAUAUGAGAAAUACUUUUUAUUACUAACUACUUGAUACGCGCCACAGAACUGAGCCGAGAUCGAAGACGAUUGAGUAAAUGCAACAGCAUCUAGUGACUAAAUUAUUAAUAAUACUACAUUUAAACUUUGACUAGUUAAAAUAUACCAUGACAUGCCAUCGUACAUCUGAACAAACUCUCAGCUGAGAGGAUUUCUCCUCUAAAAGGUACAGAACCUGCUAAGCUUUAGCCCCAUUGUCUCCAUGGUAGUAUACUUAACUUGUGCCAUUCGAACUGCCUAGAAUUUGUUAUUACUUUUAAAUAUGGAGCGCAGUUUUAGAUGCGACUUACCGGGAAAUCUGUUAUCCCCCUUGCAGGUUGUUUUUUUCUUGUUUAUUUUGUACAUCCCGAUUGAAAGUUGGGUGAAGCAAAUAUCAAACUGUACCAAGCUUGCAGGCGUCUUCACCAGUACAUUAAGCGCGAUCUCAAGUUUAAAACUCUACGAACAAAAUUACGAAACAAAAGAAACAAAACACACUUGCUGGCAUACACAAAUGUACUACAUAUAUAUACAUAUACAUAUUUCGAAUUCAAUCAAAUACAAGUAAAAACCAUUUGUCUAAUGUGCUAAAAGAAGAAACUGAUAAUAAACACAAAAUAAUUUUGAAAAUCAAAA